UUUGGUCUCAGCUUAAAAUCCCAUAUUUUUUGUGUAUUAAGAACCCUUGCCUUAAAUUAUCUGUGAAAAAUCAUGAUUAUCCAAGAAAACAUGCCGCAGUGUCAGGGAGAUAAAUUCAUAAAAUUCUAACAGCGGACAACCGCAUCAUAGGAAAUCUAGCUGAGAUCGAUGUGCCAAUAGGGUUGCUGUUGUGGCUUUAUCUCCAGCUGCCGGUGCUGCUUAUGGCUUCUCUGUCGCCGCCACCAUCAUGCUAUCACACCCAGAAGGUUCCCUUUCCUGGCAAAAUCACUUCCAUAUCAAAUAACAAUCCUUUUCGUUCAAUUUGGAUUCCUAAGGCGUCUCUUUCUCACUCAAGACCAACCCAGCCAAAAACUCGCCUUCCUUUUGCCGACAACUUACCGCAUCGUGCUUCUUAUCUUCAACACAUACACGAGCUUUGCGAGUCGGGGAAGCUCAAUGAGGCUCUUACCUUCCUGCAAGAAGAUUUUGACAAUUCUAUUUCCACUUCAAUGCAGAAAGAAGAAGCUAUAGAAGUCUUAGUUCAGGCUUGUACGCGCUACAAAGACAUCGAGGUUGGCCGGAAAGUUCACGAAAUGGUCUCGGCAUCGACUCAAUUCAGCAAUGACCUUGUUCUUAAUACCCGGCUUAUUACUAUGUACUCUAUGUGUGGUUCCCCCUUCGAUUCUCAUCUCGUUUUUAAUGGCAUGCUGAGGAAGAACUUGAUUCAGUGGAAUGCGCUUCUUAGUGCCUAUGCCAGAAACGACCUUUUUCAUGAUGCAGUUUUGUUAUUUAUCGAGUUGAUCUCCGUGACGGAAUUCAGUCCAGAUAAUUUCACAUUGCCUUGCGUGAUUAAGGCUUGUUCUGGACUUUUGGACGUUAAUUUGGGUAAGGUAAUUCAUGGAUUAGCGAUAAAGAUGGCUUUUUCCUCUGAUGGGUUUGUGGGUAAUGCGUUGAUUGCAAUGUAUGGAAAAUGUGGGUGUAUCGAUGAAGCUCUGGAAGUGUUUGAAUGUAUGCCUGAAAGAAACUUGAUUUCUUGGAAUUCAAUGAUGUAUGUAUAUUCAGAGAAUGGACUUCCUCACGACAGCUAUGUCCUGUUUAAGGGGCUUCUAAAUAGUGAGCAAGGCCUUGUCCCAGAUUCUGCUACAAUGGUGACAAUAAUACCUGUAUCUGCUUCUGAAAGGGAUUUGAACAUGGGGAUGUUGCUUCAUGGUUUGGCUGUGAAAUUGGGUCUAACUCAAGAAUUGAUGGUUAACAAUUCCCUUGUCGACAUGUAUGCAAAAAGCAAUUACUUGCCUGAAGCGCAAAUUCUGUUUGAUAGGAAUGAUAACAGAAAUGUGGUUUCUUGGAAUUCCCUGAUUGGCGGAUACUCUAAAGAAGGAGAUACUUAUGGAACAUUUGAUCUCCUGCGGAAGAUGCAGAUGAAAGAUGAGAUAGUGGUAAAUGAGGUGACACUACUGAAUGUCCUGCCAGCUUGUUUAGAUGAGUCUCAACUGGGGAGCUUGAAAGAACUGCACGGUUACACUUUCAGGCAUGGAUUUCAAGAUGUUGAAUUGGUUGCCAAUGCUUUUGUAGCCGCUUAUGCAAAGUGUAUGUCACCCACUUAUGCUGAGCGUGCCUUUCAUGGCAUAAAGACGAAGACAGUGAGCUCUUGGAAUGCACUAAUUGGCGGAUAUGCACAAAAUGGUUUUCCUAGAGAGGCUCUGGACUUGUACCUUCUAAUGACAGAGUCUGGCGUAGAUCCUGAUUCAUUCACUGUAGGAAGCCUUCUUCUAGCCUGCGCUCAUCUGAAACUACUACAAUCUGGUAAAGAGAUUCAUAGCUUUAUGCUACGUAAUGGUCUAGAGUUAGAUGAAUUUGUUGGGAUAUCAUUAUUGUCACUUUACAUUCACUGUGAGGACAUGUUACGAGCAAAACUGUUGUUUGAUAAGAUGGAAGACCGAAGUGUAGUAAGUUGGAACUCAAUGAUUAGUGGCUUUUCACAUAAUGGACUUCCUAGUGAAGCCAUUGACACAUUUCGUCAAAUGCUAUUAAAUGGAACUCAACCUCAUGAGAUAGCCAUAAUAGGCGUUCUGGGGGCUUGCUCGCAGUUAUCUGCUCUGCGUUUGGGCAAAGAAGUUCACUCCUUGUUGUUAAAAGCUCAUCUAACAGAGGACACUUACAUUAGCUGCUCGCUGAUGGACAUGUAUGCAAAAUCUGGGUGCAUGAAACAAUCUCGAAACAUUUUUGACAGGUUAAAAGAGAGAAAUGAAGCAUCAUGGAAUGUUUUAAUUGCAGGAUAUGGAAUUCAUGGGCGUGGACACGAGGCUAUAGAGCUAUUUGAAAUGAUGCAAGCCUCAGGCUGCAAGCCAGAUUCUUUGACAUUUAUAGGACUUUUAAUGGCAUGUAGCCAUUCUGGCUUAGUAACGGAAGGGCUCAAAUAUCACAGUCAGAUGCAAAGUUUGUAUGGCAUAGAGCCCAAGCUAGAGCAUUAUGCUUGUGUAGUAGACAUGCUUGGUCGAGCAGGCCAACUGAAUGAAGCUUUAAAACUUGUGAACGAGAUGUCUGAGGAACCAGAUUCAAUGAUAUGGAGUUCAUUACUUAGUUCCUGCAGGAAUUAUGGUGAUUUGGAUAUUGGGGAGAAAGCUUCCAGAAAGUUACUGGAGUUGGGGCCCAACAAAGUUGAAAACUAUGUAUUGCUAUCAAAUUUGUACGCUUCACUAGGGAAAUGGGAUGAUGUGAGAAAUGUGAGGCAAAGGAUGAAGGGGAUUGGCCUUCAAAAAGAUGCAGGUUGCAGUUGGAUGGAGGUAGGAGGGAAAGUGUAUAGAUUUCUCGUUGGAGAUGCAUCACUGUUGGAAUCGAAGAAGAUUUGGCAGACAUGGAUGAAAUUGGAGAAGAAAAUAAGCAAAAUUGGAUACAAACCUGACACAAGUUGUGUGCUUCAUGAACUGGAAGAAGAUGAGAAGAUUGAAAUUCUACGAGGUCAUAGUGAGAAGCUUGCAAUUUCUUUUGGGUUAUUAAAUACAACCAAGGGUUCACCGCUGAGAAUUUGUAAAAAUCUACGUAUUUGUGUGGACUGUCAUAAUGCUGCUAAAUUCAUAUCAAAGGUAGUUAAAAGGGAGAUUAUCAUAAGGGACAACAAGCGCUUUCAUCAUUUUAGUAAUGGGCUUUGUUCCUGUGGAGGUUAUUGGUAAUUAAAGGUGUAAACAAGUUUAUUCAUGCAUUUGUCAGGGUGUGAAGGAUUCCCGAAAUCGUCAACAAAGUUGCAGCUGCAAAACUGCUUCUGCUUUAUUAUUGGAUUUGAACCUUCUGUACAGAUCAGCAGGUUCUAUUUGAAGCCCUGUCAUUGGUCGAUAAAGCUCCAGCCUAAAUCAAUGACUGAUAUAUUUAACAAAGAAAAAGAAAACUUGAUUUGAUUGUGAUUUGGUGUUUUGUUUUCUCAUUUCUAUUAACUGAACUUAUAAGAUAUAUUGAUGAGUUAAAAGGGAAAAAAUUAAUGAA